AUGGAGUCACCAGUCCUUGAAUCGGGUCCCGCCCUGGCCAUCCUCCUCGUCUGUCUCCUCUGCCUCUUUCUGUGUAUCCAGACCUUCUUCCACUUCGGCCCCUGUCGGCCCCUACCGGGCAUCCCUCGCAAUGAGACAACUUGGAUGGGCUUCAAAGGCGACAUCUUCGAAGCGGUCAAAGCAGGCAACACCAUGGACUGGCUCCUUGAGCAAAGUCGCAAGCACGGACCCAUCUGCCAGCUCUUCCUUCGACCACUCAAACAGCCCUUUGUGCUCAUAUCGGACUACAGGGUGGCGCAGGCCAUCAUGCUCCAAAGGAGAGAGUGGGAUCGCUCAGACUAUUCCAUCGACUUGUUGAGAGGCCAGGCACCUAUGCAUCACAUCAACCUCAAGACGGGUCCGGAGUGGAGGGCGCACAGGAAGCUGAUCCAGGACCUCAUGGGACAGUCCUUUCUUAAUAACGUGGCGGCGCCGAAUAUUUACAGUAGCACACUGAACCUGGUUGAGUUGUGGGCCAUGAAAGAGCGAGCUGCCAAAGGUCGUGCCUUCAGUGCGACAGACGAUGUUGUCCAUUCGACACUUGACGCUGUCUGGGUUUUCACAUUUGGGGAUGCGUUUCCUGUGAAAGCCACUUACCAAGGAAGGACUUCGUGUGUUCCGGUUUCAUUCACGGGACACGAAGUAACCUUCGGAAGUCCAUCCCAGGACCCGGCCGUUGAGGCGACACUCAGUGCAUCAGACAUUGUGGGUGAGUUGGCGGCCUCCCCGUGUCCGACCACGUCGUGGUACAUGAUGAGGGCCACGUCGAAAAGGGUCAAGCGCCACCUUGCCGUCAGGAGAGAAUAUGUGGAAACGCAGAUCAUGGCAGCUGUCGCGCGACUGAUGACAGACCCGGCAAUGGACGACGUCAAAUUCACGUCCGCCACGGAUCUGAUGGUUCGGCGCGUCAAGGACUGCGCUGAAGGCGCCGGGGAAGUUCCAAAUUACCUCUCAGAAACUAUGAGAGAUGAAGUAUUUGGGCUCAUCAUUGGUGGCCAUGAUACGACGAGCACAACCACUUUAUGGGGUCUGAAGCAUCUUGCCGACAACCAAAUUGUCCAGGAACGAUUACGCUCAUCUCUCAGGGCCUCUUUCGCCCUUGCAACACAGGAGAGGCGUAUGCCUACAGUACAGGAGAUUACUGGUACUUGUAUACCAUACCUUGACGCUGUCUUGGAGGAAAUCCUCCGCCUGGCAUGCUCGCUUGCCAUCCUCGAUCGACAAGCCACCUGCGACACUGAGGUUCUGGGUCACCACAUACCCAAAGGCACAAUUGUCAUGAUGAUGAAUCGUGGUCCGUCCUUUACGGAGCCCGCAUUCGGUAUCGAUGAGAACCUGUCCGGUGGCUUGUCGAACGCAGGGGCGGGAUCAUCGUGGGACGCCCAUACGCUUCACCACUUUAUGCCCGAGCGAUGGCUGGAGACCAACAGCCAAGGUAGAACAUUCUUCAAUCCAAAGGCAGGUCCGAUGCUUCCUUUCGGUUCGGGUCUUCGGAGCUGCUACGGAAGGAAGUUGGGGUAUCUGGACUUGAGGAUCGUCUUUGUGUUGCUCAUCUGGCGGUUCAAGCUGCACGAGUGCGCGCCAGAACUGUCGACGUAUGAUGCGGUCGAGACACUAACGUACAAGCCUGAACGCUGCUACGUCAAGUUGGAGUCGAUCAAGGAGUGA